AUGAUUGAGAGAUUGAUAGAAGGAGUAAAGCCUAAGGCAGAGCAAGCAUCAACCAAUUUUAAACAAAAGUAUAUUCACCACAGGUUCGCACCCGGAAAACAGUUCGAACAUGCUUUUGUACUUUUUUUUUUCAAAGCUGAUGAAAAAUAUGGAAAAAUUGUUUCCGUUUGUGUCUUAGAAACAGAGAAGGAGAGAAAUGUCGUUUUAGAAUAG